AUGGCUGUGAUCGAAGACGGUUGUGUAAAUAGUUCGGACAAAGAUUCCCAGCAAUUUACCUUAGAUUCGAUUCUAGAACAUAUCGGACAAUUUGGAAAGUUCCAAAUACGUAAUUUUGCACUACUAAUUCCACCGAUGUUAUUCAAUGCAUAUUUUAUGUACUCAUAUAUUUUUGUGGCGAGUCCCGCAGUUCAUAGGUUUGAAAAUAAAGAGUGUUUGUUUUGUCUUGUGUUCAAAUUUUGUUUAACCUUAACCAGGUGUAGAGUACCAGAAUGUGAUGGGCCUAACAGUGUUUUUGAAGAAUCUUGGAUAAAUUUCACAAUUCCCAGAACUAUCGAUGGGGACUUGGAUAAAUGUAAACGAUAUGUGCCUUACAAUAGAAGCUCUGAUAUGUGCUUUGCGGAUAACUAUGAUAAAAUGUCCAAAGAGGGUUGUGGUAAAGACUUUAUAUUUCGUGAUAGUGAAACUCCUAUUUCAAAAGACUUCCAGAUUUAUUGCUCAGCUGAAUUUAAACUAUCACUGGUUGGUACUGUAAGUGUUGCAGGACAAUUUAUUGGUGCUCCUGUUGGUGGAUAUUUUUCAGACAGGUACGGUCGUCGAACAACUGUAGCCAUCGGAGGUUUCCUCAGUGCGUUUUUGGGAUUAAUACGUUCUUUCACCUCGAACUACUAUUUCUUCCUUUCGUUGGCAUUUGUGGAACACGUUUGCGGUGGUGUAAUUUAUGGAACUCUCUUCAUUAUUGCACUCGAAUUGGUUAAUGAAAAAGGACGGGCGCUUAGCUGCUUAUUUCUAACAACAUUCUUUUGCUUCGGUGAAGUUCUUUUGGCCUUGGCUGCUAAAAAUAUUUCCAAUUGGCGAUGGAUUCUCCGAAUUGCCUACAUUCCAGCUCUAGGCCACAUAUCUUUACUAUGGCUUCUUCCAGAAAGUGUCCGUUGGCUUCUAUCGCAGGAAGAUUAUGAAAAAGUUGCUAAAAUUUUAAGAAAUGCUGCCAAAACCAACAAACGCAAACUUUCCAAUUCAACAAUAGAACAUUUAUUUAUAGAAAAUCAAUACCAAUUGGGAAAAUCCAAUAAAUGGGAAUUGGAGUUUCCAAUCAAAACUGCAUUCAAGACGUUUCCCUGCAGAAUUUUGAAUUGUGCACUGUGUUGGUUCUCCAAUAUUUUAGUCUAUCAUGGACUGACUUUAAAUUCACAGAUCUUAGGGGGAAAUAAGUAUGAUAAUUUUAUGUACUCAGCACUGGUAGAAGUUCCAGCAAAUAUUUUACUGUAUUUCACGUUAAAUCGAUUCGGAAGAAGGUAUUCACUUUGUAUAUAUUUGCUGAUUUGUGGAAUUUGCUUGGGAUCUUCAAUUUUUCUUGAUAGUGAUUUCUACAUACUACAACUUUCACUGUUUCUUGUUGGAAAACUGGCCAUUUCGUUGUCAUUGCAAGUUCUGUAUUUCUUCACUUCUGAAAUAUUUCCGACAAAUGUUCGAAAUAGUUUGCUGUCAUUUUGUGUGAUGUUUGGAAAAGUUGGUUCAAUGGUAGCACCUCAAACUGCACUUUUGGCAAACUACAAUAAAUCUGCACCAACGAUACUUUUUUCAAGUGUUGCCAUUGUUUCGGGACUCAUGGCCUUGUUGUUUCCUGAAACGACUAAUGUUGUUCUUCCUGCAACACUGGAUGAAGCUGAAAAUAUAAUUAGCCAUUCAAAAAAUAACAAGUGAUCAAACUUCAAGCCCUGUGCCACUAAGCGUAACUUAAAAUUAUAAAAUUAUUUAAUCGAUGUGGAAGUUAAAAUACUCGUCACUAAA